AUGAACGAGCAGAUAGAGGAGCUCUUGGGAGCGCCAGAUUCGGCAACAUACGCUGCUUUGCUCCAGAGAUUUGGCGCCGCGAAGCGAUUGGCGGAGGGGCAGCGAGUUCACUUCCACAUUUGCGAGCGCGGCUACGAUGGCGACACAUUUCUGGGCAAUCUUAUCGCGCAGAUGUAUGGGCGAUGCGGGGAGGCGUCCCAGGCGCGACGAGCCUUUGAUCGGAUCAAGCGGCCGGAUCUCUUCUCGUGGAACAUCAUGCUCCAGGCAUACUCCCAGUGUGGGGAGAUUGACAACGCGCAGCUCGUCUUCGAUUCUAUGCCGGAGAAGAAUGUGAUUUCGUGGAACGCAAUGCUGAGCGCAUUCUCGCGGCAUGGGAUGGUCACGGAGGCUGAAGAACUCUUCGAUCGAUUGCCUGAUCGAAAUACCGUGUCUUGGAACGCUAUGCUUUCAGCAUAUGCCACAAAUGGGCAUUUGGAGAAGGCAAAGCUUUUCUUUGGUUUGAUCCCUUUUCCUUUGAAAAACGUUGUGACAUGGAAUGCGAUGGUGGCGGCUUUUGCUCAAAGCGGAAGAAAGAUAGAUGCUCUUGCAAUGUUUUGGGCGAUGAAUGUGGAGGGAGUUAAAGCGAAUGCUGUGACUUUCAUCAGUGUCUUGGAGGCGUGCGUCGAUCUAGCAGUAGGAAAAAUGCUUCACGCUGUUAUUCUCAAUGCAGGAUUGGAUUCGGAUUUCAAAGUGAAGAACGCUCUCCUGAACAUGCAUGGGAAGUGCGGCGAUGUGGAUGGAGCAAAACGUUUGUUUGAUGGUCUCUCGAAUCCAAACGUUAUCUCAUGGACUGCAAUGAUCGGAGCAUACGUCCAAAGUGCUCAUCUUGAUCAAGCCAUUGCCAUGUUUAGCGGUGCUCCGGAAAAAUCCGUUGUCACCUGGAACACCGUAAUCGCUGGGUAUGCCCAAAACGGGCAUCCCAACGAUGCCAUCCUCGUAUUCAAGACGAUGGAUCUUGAAGGGGAGGCUCCAAACUCCGUGAGCUUUGUAUGUGUACUGAACGCCUGCUCGAACAUACCAUCUCUUUCACAAAUCAAAACCAUCCACGAAGUUGCAAUCGAGUGUAAUCUCCACAAGACCACCGCUGUUGCAACCGCCCUGGUCACCACGUAUGGUAAAUGCGGCAGCGUUGAGAAAGCGUGGAGCUCGUUUAUAGACAUGCCUCGCAAGGACUUGGUGGCCUGGUCUGCGAUGGUCAGGACAUAUGCCCAAAACGGGCAUACCGCCAGGACUUUGGAGACUUUCCAUUCCAUGCUACAGCACGGUAUACAGCCUGACGACGUUGUGCUUGUGAGCGUGCUGGCGGCAUGCAGCCACGCCGGCGAGCUGCAUCUCGGCUUGCAAUGCUUUCGCUCGCUCACUGGCGACUACGGCCACAAAAUACCGUGCAAGGAUCACUACUUGUGCCUCGUGGAUCUCGUUUGCCGCUCCGGUGACCUUGGAAGCACGGUGUCACUGAUUGAGGCGGUGGAGCUGGAGGCUGGGGUGUCGAUCUUCCAGACUACUGGAAAUUUGGGGGAAAUCCAGUUUGAGUUCGAGACGGCAGCAUGAGGAAAGUCGAAGAAUCCGGAGGAAUUCGGCGGUCAACGGUUGGUGCGGACUUUGACCAAGCAGUCCACCCCAAGUCAAAAGGUGGAAUAUAUCCUGGCAUCGUAUCCACGCACCACCGACAGACAAGCAGGGAUUAAGGCCAUGCCCUGACGUGGACGCCACCAACAACAACAUGCCCUUAGAAGAGAGUUGUACGUUAGGCCGUGUCGGUCUGUCCGAGGAUAAAAAGCAAAGCACUAAAACAAUGCCAACCGAACAAAUUAUUUGACC